AUGGAGAACCAAAGGCCACAAUCAGGUGGGUUGGAUGUCACAUGGCUAGACACCAGAUCUGGUGGUUGGCAACAGUGGAGGGGGCAGAUGGUGGCAGACGGCAGCAAACAGUUGCAAACGCAGUCAGUAUUGCAUGUCUUUUAUGGUGGUGGAAAGUCCCCUGAUAUGGGAAUGAUAACCUGUUGGAAACUUGAUUCAUUGCAUUUAGGUUUCACAAUAAGGAGUGAAAUGCUUCCUUGGAUCUUUGUUAUUGGAAACCACCUAUUGUUAGGGUGUGUGCAAGGAUAUGUAGGGUAUCGUGGUCUUAAAGUGAAUUGGCAUGAUGGGGGAAAUUGA